AUGCCAGAAAAGCGCCGCAGUCGCGCCGCAGUCACCCCUUGUUUUGCUGGACCACAGCGGAAGAAACGAGUAACCCCUCAGGGCCACUGCGGGAUCUCGCACGAUGCCAGAGACAGCGUUAACGAGAACAAGGAGUUCACACUCUCGCCACAUGGUGAGCUCUUCCGUGCAACGCGGAACCAUGUGACAGACACUUCGAGAAAGCUGCGGGCUUGUUUCCGGUGCUUCGCAGAAGUGGUUACCAACGUAAGCUUCAAGGGUUGCGCUGAAGGUGCUAGUCGCUCCAGCGGCUUCACAAAUAUGAGCGGGGAUGUACUAAUCUUAACCGACCCCUGUGCUAUAACACUAAGAGCACGGCACAUUAGUCCUCUUAUAAGCAGACGGGCUACCCUUGCCCUGAAGGUUUCUCAAGAGCUGUGCAUCGGAGUUCAGUCGAAUCAAAAUCAAGUGCGUGACUAUCCUUGUCAGCGAGGUAGUAUUGCUAAGCCUAGUCUAGCUGUCCGGGCUUAUAACCUAUGUUGUGAAAUCACGAUUUUCGUGGAAAAUACAAACGAAGUGACAGAAGACCCAAAGGGCCGUCAGGCUACUCACUGUGUUGGUCCACCUGCCUUCUUUGUCGAAAACGCACGAUGGGCUGGCCACUUGGAAACCUGGAGAACCUCGGAGACUUCAAAAUCUACCAGGUCCAAUAGAGUAGGUGACAUCUGCCGUCUAAUAACCUGCUUUCCUAAACCUGGCGAGAGGUUGGAGACUGGAUGCCAGUUAAUGCAAUGUAACAUUGCCAUGCUACUAUUUCCCGCCUUGUGCCAAGUUAUUCCGUUGUUGGUGCAAAAAGAAGCAAGGGACAUUCAAAGAACCUACCAAAUCCUUAUUAUGUUAUUGAAGAAUAUUAGUGGACUCCUAUUCCUGGUUGCAAGUGCCGCAAGCAGAUUCUCGAUGUCGACAGACCGAUAUACUGUACCAAUCCCCGAGGGAAUCAUAAUUUUGGAGACCCGCAAGCAACUCAACGACAUGGCAGACCAAUAUCCUAUGGGAACCUUGGACGAUAGGAAUGGGGGAUACUAUCUGCUAGACCAUGAUGCUACAGUGUUAGCUAUUGCAUCAGAUUCUCUCUGCGAAGAACUGGACUCCUCAAUGGAAUCGGCAAAAAGGUUCCAUAGCAAUGACCCAAUUUCUGAUAAUGAAGCCGAGGAUGUUGCACCUGGGAAGGCUGAAGCAGCCAAUCCUGGCCUAUCAAAUCAUUGCACUCACCCACGCUGUCAUACACAUGCUCUUUGUCGGACCUACAGCGAUUGCUACGUGUGUUCGUCAAGUUUCCAUUGGUGUUUCUGA